AUGGAUGAGAUGGUCCCUAGUCCAAAAAGCACUGUUCAGGAGGAGGAUGAAGAGUACGCUCUUUCCGAUAACACCCUGGAAGGAGCCCAGGUUGAGAAGGCUGCUGAGGAAGAAAAACCACGGCUAGGGAGCACUGUUCAAGAGGAGGAUGAAGAGGGCGCUCUUUCUGAUUACACCCUGGAAAGAGCCCAGGUUGAGAAGGCUGCUGAGGAAGAAAAACCACGGCUAGGGGUUGAGGAAGACCAGAUAAAAGAACAUACUGUCAGCAAGACCAGGAAAAUAACAACUGGAACCCUGGAGAAGCUUGUAGAAAACCUUAUAACAUCUUUUGAGGAUAAUGAUUUUACUUAUGUGAAUACUUUUCUAUCAACAUACAGGGCUUUCACUUCCGCUAAGGAAGUACUAGAGCUUCUCCUUGACAGUGCAACAGCAUCAAUCUUACGAGCCUGGCUCGAUCAGUGCUCUGAAGAUUUCAGAGAGCCGCCCAACUACCCGUGUCUGCUGAAGAUGUUGGAUUACCUGAAGAAGAAUAUAUCUGGCUCUGACCCAGAGAGAAGGGCGCAGAACCUCUUGGAGCAGUUCCAGAACCAAGAAGUGGAAAAUGACGAUGAGUUCCAUAACACUUCCCCCAGUAACCAAUGUGAUGAAGAGGAACCGGAGAUCAGCAGUCCAGAAGAAUUCUCUUCUUUCCAAGAACACCUUGUGGCAGAACAGUUGACAUACAUGGAUGCAGAACUCUUCAAGAAAGUUGUGCCCCACCACUGCUUGGGAUGCAUCUGGUCUCAAAGGCAUAAGGAAGAAAACAAGCACGUGGCACCUACCAUCAGAGCCACCAUCUCUCAGUUCAAUGCAGUUACCAAAUGUGUUGUCAGCACUAUCCUGAAUAGCAAGGAACUGAAAACACAGCAAAGAGCCAAGAUCAUGGAGAAGUGGAUUCGUAUUGCACAUGUAAAGCAUUUGUUCUAG